CGUGCGCGCUGCGGAUCAUCAUUUAUACGCGUUUAUCCCCAUUCAUGUCAAACAUUCCUGAAUAUAUUCUUGUGGACUUGUUUCCGGCGUAUCCUGCAGGUGGGUUCGGGCUGGUUCGGGUUAAAACUGUGAUGACGUAUAGAUAAUCAAUAAGUGAUCAAGCAGGGAUCGUUGGACAUGGCAUGCGUGAGUGCAGGGGCGUCAUCAGGCCGUCACGUCACUGAAGGCUCCUUUAGACAUGUUUACCGCACCUUCCUCGGUGUAUGCAGGAGAAGAUGUCCCACUGCGCCCUGUUCGCAAUGCUCUGCAGCCUCCCUCUUGCUGUGGGUUGGGUCAUACUGGGUGACAGAGAAGAAGUCCAGAUAGUUUGCGCCGGGAAGGAAUUCAGUUUGCCGGUCUACUCUACAUCAAGAACCGUGACUUUUACUCCGAACACUGCAGGACCGAGGCGUGUUCUCCUCGAGAAGACAAUUGUGAAUGACCCUCGUUUUGAGUGGACCAAAGACAAAAUGCUGGUCCUCAAAAAUGUGACUCAUGCGGACCAGGGACUUUAUUCUAUCAAACUGUCUUCUGGAUUCACCUAUGAGACUGUUCGUCUGACGGUUUCAGAAUGCAUCAAGUCCUACUACAGAAACUAUGGAGAAAACUUUGACCACAAUAUCCCUGAGAACGGCUUCGUACUGGAGUUUGCUCCCCGAGGCGCUCCAGCCGAGGCGAUGCCAAUAGUCCUGUGGAACCGAACCGAUCCUGAUACUGGCAUUGUGGGUCGGGGCCGGUUGCUACGAGACAGGAGGGUCUGGGUGGCAGACAGAGUCACGCAAGCCGACCAAGGCAACUACACAGUGAGAGACGCUGAGGGGAAAGUGUUGUCUCGCAGCACCCUCACUGUCCGUGGACACACUUUCAAUGUGACCCGCUUCAACAAAGAGUCUCUGAACCUCCCCCUCUUCCUCCCCGUGCCACGUGCCUACCUUAUCUUCACCCCCACCCGACACCCUGACGAAUCCUCGUUGGGUCCUUUCGACUCCAAGGCCCCCCGCGGUCCCGUGCAGUUAAUGCGCGAGGGCCACAUCACCGACCACGACAUGCGGUACAGGGGUCUGGUCUCCGUAGGCAGGAACGGAUCCGUCAACGAAGUGGUCAUAGCGAGGUUGACCUCGAGGCACGAUGGCGUCUAUGAGAUCAGAGACAUUAAUGGCAACCUGGUGUCUUCCACCUUAUUGCAGGUGAUUGAAAGGGGGGGCAGGUGGCGAGCUCUUCUCAAGUCCAUCACUGUCCCUUCCGGCAUGUUUGUGUCGCUGGCCGGUUUCAUCCUGUUCAUGAAGCGCUACCCCAACUGCAGCCUGUCGCAGAUCCUCACCUGCCUCAGGACGAACCGCACGCCACAAGCCCAGCCCCCGAGGGUCAACAUCCAGAACUACAGCCAGCCAAGCGCUCAGCCUGCAGGCUACUAUAAUCACGGCCAGCAGCAGGGGACGCCGAGAAAAUGGACCCCGAGAGCCAGUCCGGUUCAUACUGGUUACACUCCCGUUACGGUAGGAACUCCACCUUGGCUCACUCCUGUUCAUGCGAGGGCUGAAAAUUUUGAAGGACAAAGAUCCCCUUCUCUGAGCUCCCCCUGUCGCAAUUCUUCUGCCGAGCAGGAAAUACCUCAUGAAGAAGAGAGAAGGAUUUCCUUUCCAGUGGCUGGAGCAUCAGAUUGCCUGCAGUCUACCGAAGGUUGCGUUCAAUUCCAGAUCAAUAAGAAAGCAGUUCAAGAAAGGCAGAGCAACACGAAUGAAUUUUAUUCCGCGCUGCCGCUGGACACGGAUACGUCCGAUGCCUGCAGUGUUUACACUUCCGAGAAGCUGAACUUCUUAUAGUGCAUGGAGUGGUGGCAGAGAAGCAUGCAUGAGAAGAAACAACUCACCUGUGCCUUUUGCAACGAAGCCUAUAUUGUACUUCCAGCGGUUUGACAUCCAUCCAUGCAUGUCAUUAUUGUCCGUGUAAUGGUAUUUUUGAAGCAUGGGCUGAAUAUUAUCCUUUCUGCUUCAUACAUUUAUUCACUCUGACAUUCUGAAGUCUCUGCUGUCCUCGGAUGCUACCUACCUCCAGACCCUCAGGACCACCGUGAUAUGCGCUGUAUAUAUUUGCUGAAUCUGUGUUUGCGUGUGCGCUCGGUGAACUCUAACGCAUAUAUAGGGCUUUAAGUAGAAAUUUGGCCAUUUGAUAUUAGCGUUUGCAAAAGGGAAUAUUAACUUAUUGUACUAAUAUCGUGAAGGAAUUUAUUCUUGUCUUCAUGUUGAUCUCUUCUAUUAUCAUGUGUCUGUGAUGUAAGAUCAUUUUACCAUAACUCCUGAGGCACUGUACAACUGUUUAACAUGAUGUAAAACGUUCCACCAAGUAUUGCAACAGCCUGUGAACCUCGUCAAGAGCAAAAUAUCGACCACCAAAUUCCUCCAAGUGACGGAAAUGGCUGAACGUAAUAUUUUUGCAAUGUGAAAAUGUGUAUCAUUCCUUUUAAAAUAAAUAUAUAUAUUAUCAGA